CUUAGGGUUUUCGUAUGCUCGUAUAUAAGCCCCUCAAUAAUUAUGUUUUCCUCAAACGCCCCCUAAAAGCAAGUCCUCACUUUCUCUCUCUAAAAUUGCGGCAGGUCAGUUUUCGUCUAGAAAUCUUACCCAAAUUUCUACUCUUCACUCCCAGCCGCUCACUAGAACCCUUCUUCACGGGAGCCUAUUUAGGGGGAAAUAGAGAGAAAAAUCUGCUAUUUAGGGUUUUGUUUUAGUUCAGCUUAGUUCAUUCCUCACUUGGAAGCAAAAAUACCUGGUUAGGGUUCUUAGUCAAUCUUUAGUUGCUGUCAUGGGCUCCUUCAUCCAUGGACUACCUUGAUUAUAGCUCAUUUGUCGAUUUGAAGCAGUUUUCCUGCGUUUUGGGUCGCGAUCUAAGUAGCUGGGUUUGAUCAGGUGGAUUAUUAGGCGACAUCUCUUGAUUUUCAGUUCAUUUACACUGAAAUCCCAGAUGGGAUUGUUUCGGAUCUUUGAAAAACGGGUCGCAGAGGAUGGAUCUAGGGAUAGAGGAUCAGAGUAUGAAGAAAUAAGCAGCCAACCACGGACCCCUGAUAGGGUUUCAUCGAACGGCUCAAAUGUCAAGACCUGUGUUGAUUGUGGUACCUCAAAGACACCUCUAUGGAGGGGUGGCCCGGCUGGACCGAAGUCUCUGUGCAACGCAUGUGGGAUUAGAAGCAGGAAAAAGAGAAGGGCUCUAAUGGGCGUCGCUAAAGACGUGAAGAAAAUAAAGAAAUUGCCCAAAAGCACAACUAGCAGCGGCAGCAGUUGUACCAGCAGCAGUGGGGAAAGUACCCUGAAGAUUAGGGAUUCAUUUAACAGGAAAUUGUGGGCUUUUGGCGGGGACGUAGCUCUGCAGAGACCGAGAUCGAACACUCACAGGAGAAGGAAAUUGGGAGAGGAAGAACAAGCGGCGUUUCUUUUGAUGGCUUUGUCUUGUGGAUCGGUUUAUGCCUAGGAAUUUUGUGUGUGUACUAGCUGCAGUAGUUGUUGUACUCUGGCGUUUUGUUGUCCGACCGACCUAAUUUGAUGGUUUUCAAGAAAGCUCAAAUGGGCUUUUUCCCGAGUGUGCUCUUUUUGUCGUCUGCGUUAAUGAAAUUUGUCCGAAAUUCGUCCUAAUCUUAUUGUGUGAUUGUUUUAUUAUUGCGUGUUUCUUUAUGAGAAGUGGUGCAAUUUAAAUGACCUAUGUGUAGACUUCAUAAUUUAAACAUUGUUUUUAUUUUUUAAUA